GCUUGGCUUCAAAGUCUAGUCACUGUCCAUGCCUUCUGUUCUUUCUCUCUCUCUCUCUCUCUGUCUUUCUCUUUGUCUCUCUCUCUCUCUCUCUCCCUGCAUUUGACUUUGUGUUAUCGCCAUCAUCCACUCCCAUUUGCAUGAAUGACGUUUUGUAUUUCCUCCAUCACUAGCGCAAACGGCUGAAACAAAACCAGAAGAGGAACAGGGCCUCAGGCAGAAAAGAGUGUCACCCUCGUAUUAUGGUCCCUAAGUGUCCUCUUGCUUCUCCUAGGCCGGUCCAUGGAUUCCCUCAGCACGUGGAUAUAAGCAGGCAACUUUCCGCUGGAGCAGCUUCUCCAACAAGUGCACUUCUGGUAAUUAGAAAGCUCGGUCUCCUAACAUCACGAGGGCGCUGUUACCAUGGCAACUGGCAAGCAAGGCUUUGUGAGAGCUGCCGAGCCUCAGCAUUCGGUCUCCAUGCAGAGGGAGAAAGAGAUGCGUGUGCAGGCCCCACUGACAGCCAUGUACAUCCAAGCCAUGCCUGGCCUGCCAACAUACCCUCAGCCUCAGCCAACAGCCAUGCAGGAUGCAGCGGUCAUCCCUCUGCCCAUGCCGAUGAUGUGCGCCAACCAGGCCCUGCCCAUUCUGACGCUGCACAUAGCCAGCGGAGCGACUGUCCAGCAGCAGAGGCCUGAAACUCCGGCAUCAUCACCCAGACCCAAAUCUGCAGGGAAACAUGUGUGCCCACACUGUGGACGGGACUGCCUGAAACCCAGCGUGCUGGAGAAGCACCUCCGCUGCCACACCGGGGAGAGGCCUUAUCCCUGCACCACCUGUGGCAUCUCCUUCAAGACACAAAGCAACCUCUACAAGCACAAACGGACCCAAGCCCACGCUCGUCUCUCCAGCGAAUCAGGGAAAGGUGACUUCAGCAGCCAAGAGAGCACAGACAGCUUAAGAGACACUUGCUCCAGUCCCUCCCUGGAAUUACAAAGUGAAGACUCAGGUGACAUAAACAAGAACGACAGUGUCCUACCUGUUGUAACAACAACCACAUUCAGCUCAGUUCAGGCUACUUUAACAGAAGAGAAGACAGCAUCUGACACAGAGUGGGCUUUAUGUAAAGCUGCAGUGGUUGGACUUGUUGCUUCACCAGCGCAUGGACAGCAGGAGAUCCUGAACUCUGGUGGCCAGAGGGUGCAGUUGGCAUCUGAAGCCAAAAAUGAGGCCGCUUCCAUACAGACAAUAAGCCAAGCUGGGGAUGGAAAUGCUCCACUGACUCCAAAUCGCACUCCUCUUCAGAGGCAGGAGGCCGUCAUUUCCAAGUUGUCCCGAGGCAAGUCUCAAAGCCAUGGCAGCACAGACUCAGGCUUUAGUGAAAGCAGUGAACAGCCCUCAACUUCCAGCCCUGGAGAUACUCUGCAUGAUCCCAGCAUGGAGUCUUUGCCUGAGUCUAGCAUGGAACUGCAGGAACCUGGAAACUCCAAGAAACUAUCCGAUGUGGCCACUGAUGACGCCAAAACCAAUGUGUCCGUUCAAGAGAAACAAAAGCUAGAGGAGCACAUCUUGAAACUGAUAUCGGAAAACAGCGUGUUGGUGGACGACAAACACCUGGUGAAUGUGCGUCCGAGGAAGACUGUGCUGUCGAAACAAGGCAGCAUUGAUCUUCCGAUGCCUUAUACAUACAAAGACUCAUUCCAUUUUGAGAUGAGAAGCAGCAAGCACCAAGUCUCCGGUUUGCAAACGCAAGAUCGGAGAGGUAGGACUAUGUACAGCUCUGUGCCUACACAGCACUCCACAAGCUUGGAGCAUGCACCAUUAACACGGAGCAGCUCUCUGCCAUUUAGCGUGGGCAUACAGAACAGUGAUAGAACAGCUUCGUCUUUUCAAGGAGACAGCAUCCCCCUGAGCAGGAGGUGUAGCGCAGGAAAUAUCUACCCAUUCAAGUCAGUAGAUCAACACGCACCCAGCCAUCGCUCACUGGUCAGACAGGUAGCGGUGGACUGCCUAUCUGUAGCAGAAGGAUCUUCAGUGGAGAGGGGCAAUCACAGUAGUCUCAGUUCAGAUGGAGACUGUGGCGACACUUCAACAGAGUCAGGGGGCAAAAGAUGCCGUAGGAAGAAAUCACAGAAAUUUGCCUAUAAUAAAUGGUACAUGUAUGGAGGUGGGACAUUCAGAAAGCUCUACAACACAGAGAAAGACAGCCUCUUGAAGAGUAGAAAGGCUACACUUAGCCUGGAGCAAACAGAAAGCCAGGGGAUUCAAAUAAGCCAACAGAGAGAUAGCAAUUCAUCUGCAUCUGUAAGCUUUACUUCCUGCCCAGCUGUGUCUCUGACCCCUGCUGUUAACGUACUCACAGCACAGACAUCCAGUCAGGUUAUUUCUUCGUAUGUACUCCUGCAAAGUCCUUUGGCGAAACAAACUGGGCUUCUGCAGCAUGGUUUGGACAAGCAGACUAAUGUUCCAAGCUCCAACUUGAACACUGAGACAGGUUUCAUGAAAGGCACAGAGGAAAAAAGCAAAGGACCAGAAACUCAACUUUCAAGUCCUAUUCCUUCAGAGAGGAAGAAACAGAAAACAGAGGACGAUAUUUCCGUCAUGAUGGAAAAUGCGGAUACACUAAUGCGGCAGCAAGGUGUAUUGACUUCCGGAAGCGGACAGGCAAAUGCCAGCCUACCGGACGUAAUCAAUCAAUCACUGCAAUCAGUAUGUGGCGAUGCUUUUCAAACAUCCAGCAUAACUGCACUGGAAAAGGACAACAGGUUAAAUCUUCACAGACAAGGCAGCUUCUGCAGACCAUCUUCUUCAAAUCAGACACAGCUCCUUUACAAGAGGCACAGCUCUCCUCUUUUUGCGGCCAGUGUGAGCGGGACAUCUGGGUCUCCUUCUGCCUCCUCUAGCAUCUCCUCUGUUUCUCAAGCCAAGACCAGCUUUCUUCCCAAGUACCAGCUGAAGAUACCGUGUUCUACAGAUGGAGCGUCAGAUUCUGGUGUUUGCAGUCGUUCUUCACUGAAUCAGCCCUCACCCAGGCAGGCUCCUAAGUUAAGCCAUCAAUCUGCCCAGCAGUGCGAUUCUGAAACGAGUUUAUCAUCUGCACUUCAGUGUCAGUUAUCUUCAACAAUGAUGUCCUCUGCAAAGGAACAGGAAGUUACUUUGUCUACAGCAGCCACAACAAAGACAAAAUCCACAGCCAUCCCAUCUGGUGCAUGUAUAGGGCAGAAUGCUAAUAAAGCACAGACACAAUCUCAGCCUAGUAUCUACACAUCAACUUCAGUCACUUCGGCUACACCAACGCUGGUUUCACUUAUUCCAGAGAACAAACAUGCUAACGUGCUGACACAACAUCAGGGCACUGCAUACAGCAAGUCAGGGCCUUCAAUAUCAUCAGUUCUGAGUCAGCCUCUUCAGACUUUCACAGCCUUGGGGCAAAAUCAAUCUGUCAUGGUUCACAGCAUGGACUCAUCACUGAGUCACACAUCUACAUCUACAAAACCCAUACAGAUUUAUACAGCGACUACAGGGUCUGUAAUACAAAACAAUCCUGCUACAUCUGUAGUCGUCUCAAGGCAACCACCAGGACCUCCACUGGACACACAUGCCCCAGCAUGUCAGAGCGCAACAGAUGGCAUCCCACUGGGGUUGAGCCACACUGCCUUCCAGGGAGCCCAGUUUGAAGGCAAGAUGUUAUUGGUGAAUGACUCAAAGGCCUUGGCUCAGGACACAUUUUAUGUGCGAACAGCAGACCUUCAGAUUGUCAUGCAACUCAUUUCAGAUGAGCAGUUAGCUCUGAUAGAACCACAGAUUGAAAAACAGGACAUUUUGAAGCUGGACGGGAGUCAUUCUUUUCUCAGCAAGGAGACAGAAACUUUGCAGACAGAAACAAUUCCAGGUGUUUCACAGGGAAUACAUAAACAAUGUCCUGGUGACACAGGAACUGAAGUGUGUGUGGCACAUAGGAAUGUAAACCAGAACACGCUCACCAAAAUUCCAGACAUAACAUCAAUUUCAGUUGGAUCAACAGAUACAAAUAAGGCAAAGAGUUCAAAAAACGUUUAUUUAUCUCCUCAAAAUACUUAUUUAACCGAUUUUUGCCCUAAAGGGGUUAUUUCAAGUUCAGGUUCAGGUUCAAAGACAGAGCACCAUAUCUCAGCACCACUGGACACCAGCGCAAACGCAUUAGGGCAACAGCACAAAUUGAUAAGUGCAGCAUGUGAGGACGGCAAUCUUCCGAAAGAUAUUAAGCCUGCCGCGUGUCCCAUCACCCUUGGAUUGUGUGUUGAACAAAGGCCUGGUGAGAGCCUGAGUGAGCUUCUUUCAUCUCACAAACUCACCUCUGAACAGCCUAGCAACUCUUCUGUGCACGACCGGGUCUUGACACACCUCUCUGCACCCACGGUGGAACAAAGUUGUGGAGCAAAGUGGAGCAAAGACACCGCAAGCCAAGGAACAAGUGACACAUCUAUGACAAAUCUCAACAAGCCUGAAACAUCCACAGAGAGAAGACCUGUGCUGGCACAGGAGAAAGUUUCAGACACAUCCAAAAUAAUAGACUCAGAUCCUCAGCCUCUACUAAAGACUCCUGAACAGCACAGUUCUCCUCAUCUUAUAUCGGCUACAGAUGGAGAGACAAUACAAACAAAAGCAGAAACAUCACGUGUCUCUCAGGCACUCCUGCCCCCACUGGCCUCCAUCUCAACAACUGUGCCAAGCCAAGAAGAGUUGCUCUAUACAGUUCAGCCAAGCCAAACCAAAUCAUGUCGAUUAGCAUGCACCUCUUCUGCUACUGUGCGACAAAUGAGCUCAGGAAGUGUGCUAGCCCACACGGUAUGCCAAUACAAACCUCUAAAUCAGAGAGUUGUGUGCAGCAAAGACAGCUCCAAAUUGAAGCACGAAGCACCGGGAAACAAAACUUGCCAAGCAGCCGCACAAUAUUCAUCCCAACAGCACGGCUCUAGCCUGGGAGCAGAAGUCGCUCGGUGUAACAGCGGAGAAGUCAAAGCAUUGACAGCCAGCACUGCUCUUAUGACAAGUUCUCAUUUCAAGUCAAAUACACCAGUUUCUGAAAAUACUCAUGAGGAAAGUAUCGAACGUGGAGAGGCCACUGGUGAUAUGGACCCCGUUAAUCAGGAUUCAUUCUCAGGGCCUCGGGUGGGCGGUACCCUCCAAAGCUCACCGCUCCAGAGGGCGGCUGGGACAGGGAGCUGGGGGUGGGUCCCCCAGGAACCUGAGAGUGGAGGAGGAGAAGGGGAGAUGGUGGGCAACAAUUGCAUGGAACAGGAAGACCAUGCCAGAGAGGUGAAAAGAGAGGGCGCAACAGAUCUUCCCGAAGGCUACCGGACAGCAGCAAAACCACAUCCACACCUUUCCCAGCCUGUGACUAAUGCCUGUCACAACACAUCAUCGCCAGCACAGCUUGACACGUCUACCAUUUCAGACAAUGCUACACCAGCUCUCUGUGGAGCAACCAGCCUUUCACACGACCCUCUACUGCUUGAUCAAAGGAAGUGCACUCAUCUUGACAACUCGUGGCAGGUUCAACAGAGCAGCAGUGUAAAGGGAACUCCAAAACUAAGUGGCCAAAGCAAAGCAAAAGAGACAGAAAGAGUUCCUCUUGGAUGCCAAGAGAGGUUUACAUCGUUAGCCACUGGGCAAAGUGAUGCGAAACAUCUUCACCCAACAUGUGGACACCUCUUGGCUCAUCCUCUCUUGGUGAAUGCCAUUCAGAAGGAGGUCCAAAAAGAUACACAGACCUCUGCAACCCAACAGAGUCAUUCAAGGGGCUCACAAGAGCAGAGGCCAAUGUCAGAACACAAACCAUAUGGUAAAACUAAAGUUAAAGUGCCGAAUGAACCCAACAUAUCAUCUGAUUCCAAUCGAACAAUAAAUACCACCCCAAUCCACACCAGUCCCCUAUGUCCAAAUCGAACUAACAGCAAUGCCAUGCACUCUAAUCCAAUAUGUGCAUCCACUGCACAUCAUAAUCCCACAGAGCCUAAUGCACCACAGUGCCAUUUGGGUGGCAGCUACUUGGAGGAAGAGGAGAGUUCAAGUAGCAGUGAUGAUGAGGGAAAACUAGUCAUUGAACUUGAGUAAAAACACACACAGAUGCCGAUGCCUAUAAAACUUCACGCUUUGCUAAUGUGCCUUUGACUGUACUUUUGUUGUUCACUCAUAAAUGUUCAGUAUAAUUGGUCUCCGAAAGUCCUCAUGCUAGCGCUCACUUACAAAUGCACCUGCACAAUGAAUCACGCCAUGCUGUGCACCUUAAGGUGCUUCACCCACAGAGCACCUGGGUGGAUGUGGUGUACAGCAGCCACAUAGGAAUGCACUAAGCUCCAGUGUGAUUAAGACUUACUCAACCACAGACAACAGGAAAUCAAGGCAUGAAACAUUCCCACAGCCACUGGGGUUCCACAGGGAUCAAUCAUCGGUACAUUAAGGAUUGCAGGAAUGUGAAGAUUCAGCAGACAGGCAGUGAGACUGAAAACACAUUUACUUAUCACUUAUGGACUUUGCUGUCAUCUGCAUUGUUUGAAAGGCUGCUGUUAAAUACCGAUCGGUUAUAAAUAAACGUCUGGAAAAUAUGUAUGCUGAUAAUUUGAUCAGCACAGAUCCAUUCUUUCACAAGGCUUUUUAAGUAAUCUGGUAUCAAAUGUUGACAAGACGUCUGUUGCUGAUUAAAGUAAACUGUACAUUCUCUAUACUUUGAGGACUUUUCAGUUAAAAUAACAAUGGAAAUUUAUUCCA